CACUCUCUGAUAUUUUCCUUUUUGGUUUCUUCUCCAAUUUUGUUUCUUUUCUCACCGAAUCCCAAUUCGGCUCUCAUUAAACCAUUUUUUUAGUGUGUAUCUGAGUUUAGAGGAAGCCGCCCCAAAAAAAUUACGAUUUUGCGACAUAGAAAUAUCUGGACUCUCUCUCUCUCUGGGAACUUUUGAGAAGAUGGUAGCCUUCGGGAAAAAGCUCAAGGAACGGAGCAUUCAAGAAUGGCAAGGAUAUUACAUCAAUUACAAAUUGAUGAAGAAGAAAGUGAAGCAAUAUAGUCGCCAAUUAGAAGGCGGGAAUCUUGAGCGCCGUCAUGUUCUUAAAGAUUUCUCAAGGAUGCUAGAUAACCAGAUCGAGAAAAUCGCUCUUUUCAUGUUGGAGCAACAAGGAUUGCUUGCAAGUAGGCUACAGAGACUAAGGGGAUCGCACGAUGCUCUCCAAGAGCAGCCGGACAUAUCUCAUAUGUCUAAUCUAAAGGAGGAGUAUAGAGCUGUUGGCCAAGAUCUUCUCAAGCUUCUGUAUUUUGUAGAGAUGAAUGCUAUUGGUAUCCGUAAGAUACUGAAGAAAUUCGAUAAACGGUUUGGUUAUCGAUUCACAAACUAUUAUGUCAAGACUCGAGCGAACCAUCCUUACUCUGAACUUCAGCAAGUCUUUAGACAUGUGGGCCUUGGAGCUGUUGUUGGAGCUGUAUCUCGCAACCUUCAUGAGCUUCAAAACAAUCAAGGAAGCUACCUAUCGAUUUAUGAUCAGCCCGUUCUUCCUCUUCAAGAUCCUGUCGUGGACUCAAUUAGAGCGGCAGUGGAUAGGCUGACGCGGUCAACAAACUUUCUACACUUCAUGGCUCAGCACGCGCUUAUAAUGCAAGAAGAGUUACCAAGUCCGCAAGAUGAGGAAAGGGAAGAAGAAGAUGGGAGAUAUCACUUCAUGUCUCUCUUGUUGAAUUUGGUCAACACAUUUCUGUAUAUGGUCAAUACAUAUAUCAUUGUCCCUACAGCAGAUGACUAUUCCAUGAGCCUCGGUGCAGCAGCAACGGUGUGCGGUGUUGUGAUUGGUGCUAUGGCUGUAGCUCAGCUCUUCUCUUCGGUUUACUUUAGUGCCUGGUCCAAUAGAUCCUACUUCAAACCACUCAUAUUCAGUAGCAUUGUCCUCUUCAUUGGGAACUUGUUAUAUGCAUUAGCUUUCGACUUCAAUUCAAUAGCGAUUCUCUUGAUUGGCCGACUUUUCUGUGGAUUUGGAUCGGCAAGAGCAGUGAACCGGAGAUAUAUAAGCGACUGUGUACCGUUAAAGAUCAGGAUGCAGGCUUCUGCGGGUUUUGUUAGUGCAAGUGCUUUAGGAAUGGCGUGUGGUCCUGCGCUUGCUGGUCUAUUGCAAAUCAGAUUCAAGAUCUAUAAACUUACAUUUAACCAAGAUACAUUGCCUGGUUGGGUUAUGGCUGUGGCUUGGCUUAUAUACUUGGUAUGGUUAGCUAUAUCGUUUCGUGAGCCUGCACGUGAGCCUGAGGGGCCUCCUAAGACUUCAGAAGAGUCUAAUCACUCUGAAGCUGUUCAAAAUGUGAAUCUGGAGAAAGGUAUGAAACAACCAUUGCUGAUUACAUCAGAAGAGAUAGAAGAACAGGGUGAAGAUGAAUGUGAUGGAAGCGAAGAAUCUUCCGAGGAUUCCCGUACACCUGCAAACUCCAUUGUAGCUGCUUAUAGAUUACUCACACCUUCAGUUAAGGUUCAACUAUUGAUAUACUUCAUGCUCAAGUAUGCAAUGGAGAUUCUUCUCUCUGAAUCUAGUGUCAUCACCACUUACUACUUUGGUUGGUCCACGAGCUCAGUUGCGAUCUUCUUGUUUUGUCUCGGUCUCACGGUUCUUCCCGUUAACCUCGUCGUUGGAAGCUACAUAAGCAACAUGUUUGAAGACCGGCAAAUUCUCUUGGUAUCGGAGAUUAUGGUCUGUGUAGGGAUACUUCUCAGCUUCCAUGUCGUUGUUCCCUACACUGUGCCACAAUACGUUUGCUCAGGACUCAUCAUGUUUGUUUCUGCAGAAGUUCUUGAAGGUGUUAAUCUAUCGUUACUCUCGAGAGUUAUGUCGUCGAGGCUAUCGAGAGGAACUUAUAACGGAGGUUUGCUAUCGACGGAGGCUGGCACGAUCGCACGUGUGAUUGCUGACGCGACGAUUACCGUCGCCGGAUACUUUGGACGGAAUAUGCUUUUGAAUGUUACUCUACUUCCGUCUCUAGUCAUUUGUGUUUUGUCCAUUGUAGCUACUUGUUUUACUUAUAACUCCUUGUAUUAGUACUCUUUUUACAAAUUUUACCCCAUAAUAACCAAAUCGUUUCAAU